GUUCCAGAACGUGGUAUGAUUGGCUGGAAGGUGGAUGCAGGCUUCCAAAGACGUCAUUGGCUGGAAAGUAGGUUAGUGGUGCGACAUUUACUCAAGGCAGAAAGUAGGUCAGAGACUACUGCUGCUUAUCGCUGCACAUUUCUCCUGUAUUUAAAUGAGCUUACUAAACUUUUACCAUAUGAUCUAAUGGCAGACCAAAGAAUGGACAUUUCUUCAACAAUGAAUGACUUCUUGUCACCGGGUCCCACUGAUCUGAUUUCCAGCUCCUUGAAUGCCGCAGGCUUGGACUACAGUCGCAAGCGAAAGGGAAGCUCCACAGACUACCAACUUGAUGGCUUUUCAUUUGAGGAUGGCAUGGAUACUGACAAGGAUAAACAACUUGGACGGGAGUGCUCGGAUCAGCAAGGAAGAAUCAAGAAUGCCAGAGAGGCCCACAGCCAAAUUGAAAAGAGACGUCGAGAUAAAAUGAACAGUUUUAUUGAUGAGUUGGCCUCCUUAGUGCCUACUUGCAAUGCCAUGUCGAGGAAGCUGGACAAACUCACGGUGCUACGAAUGGCUGUUCAGCAUAUGAAAACGCUAAGAGGUGCUGCAAAUCCAUACACAGAAGCAAACUACAAACCUGCAUUCCUAUCAGAUGAUGAACUGAAACAUCUUAUACUGAGGGCAGCAGAUGGCUUUCUAUUUGUUGUGGGCUGUGAUCGAGGGAAGAUCCUGUUUGUAUCAGAGUCCGUGUAUAAAAUUCUUAACUACAGUCAGAAUGACUUGAUCGGUCAGAGUUUAUUUGAUUACCUGCAUCCUAAAGACAUUCCCAAAGUAAAGGAACAGCUCUCCUCUUCAGACACUGCGCCACGGGAAAGACUCAUAGAUGCCAAAACUGGCCUACCUGUGAAGACAGAUAUUGCACCUGGCCCUUCAAGACUGUGUUCCGGAGCAAGGCGCUCCUUUUUCUGCAAGAUGAAAUGCAACAGGCCUUCGGUAAAAGUGGAAGACAAGGAUUUCCCAUCCACGUGUUCCAAAAAGAAAGCAGACCGCAAAAGCUUUUGUACAAUCCAUAGCACUGGAUAUUUAAAAAGUUGGCCUCCUACAAAAAUGGGACUGGAUGAAGAUAACGAGACAGACAAUGAAGGCUGCAACCUCAGCUGCCUUGUAGCGAUCGGACGUUUGCAUCCUCAUAUAGUACCGCAGCCAAUGAACGGGGACAUCCGGGUGAAACCCACAGAGUACGUCUCGCGCCAUGCCAUAGAUGGGAAGUUUGUGUUCGUAGAUCAAAGGGCUACAGCGAUCCUUGCAUAUUUACCCCAAGAACUUCUGGGCACAUCGUUUUAUGAAUAUUUUCAUCAAGAUGACAUUGGACAUCUUGCAGAGUGUCACAGACAAGUUCUACAGACACGAGAAAAAAUAACAACCAACUGUUACAAGUUUAAAAUAAAGGACGGGUCUUUUAUCACACUGAGAAGCCGUUGGUUCAGUUUCAUGAACCCCUGGACCAAAGAAGUCGAGUGUAUUGUUUCUACUAACACAGUUGUUUCGGGCAGCACACUUGAUGGGGCAGACCCUAUCUUUCCCCAGCUCGCUGCGUCCCCUCACAGUAUGGACAGUGUACUUCAAGCAGGAGAUGGUGCGGUAAAGAGAGCCCUUCCGACAGUCCCUGGCAUUCCAGGAGGUACGCGAGCAGGAGCUGGUAAAAUCGGCCGCAUGAUCGCUGAGGAAGUCAUGGAGAUGCAAAGGAUUAGAGGGUCUUCGCCAUCCAGCUGUGGUUCCAGUCCUCUGAACUUCACCAGCACACCCCCUCCCGACACCUCCUCCCCGGGAGGCAAGAAGAUUCACAAUGGUGGCACUCCAGACAUUCCGCCAGCUGGCCUUGUACCUGGGCAGGGCCAGGAUUCAAUAGGUUAUCCCUAUUCAGACAACUCGCUGCUUAGUGAUAACUCCCAUAUUGGUAUAGAAAUGAUGGACAAUGACCAAGGCUCCAGCAGCCCUAGCAAUGACGAAGCUGCCAUGGCUGUUAUCAUGAGUCUUUUGGAAGCAGAUGCAGGACUGGGCGGUCCAGUGGAUUUCAGUGACUUGCCAUGGCCCUUGUGAGCACUUAGCAAUGGAUGGGAUAUCCAAGCACUACUGGUGAAGUUAUCAAGUGACUUUGACAACCCCAGCUGCUGUAACGCACAAGAUCCAAGGAAGCCAUAUCUGGACAUGCAAGCCAACCUUGUGUUCAUUUUUGGACUGAUAGGGAGCUGGAAACGGUGUUUAAGAGGCUGGGGACUGAAAUCACUACAGUAUUUUUUUUGUUGAUGAGAAGCUGGUUGUAAUUGCUUCCGUUAUCCAUUGUAGCUGUUCUGGUUAUUCAGGUUUUAUAAAUGUUUUAACAUACAGUACACUGUCAAGCUUUUUGAAUGCCUUUUAUGUUGUUUUAGUGUUUGGUGUUUUUACACUACAACGAUUUCCAUGUUGAAUAUUUCUUAUAUAAAUUGUAUCAAAGCUGUUCUAUAAUGUAAUAAUUCUACUAUAAAUAUAUGGUAAAAGUGUAUUGUGUUAGCAGUGACAUAUUUUUUAAAUAAAAGUUAUUGUUUCUCUUG